ACGAAUUCUCUUGACCAUACAUGCUGCAGACUAUGCUUCUAAGGACAACAGAAGAACAGUGGCUUCUUAGAAGUGAAAAAGGAAAAGAAAAGUCAUCAGUAAUAGGGCCUCUAGUUUUGGAAAAAUCCUACUAAUCCUCCAACUUUAGAAAUCUUAAGAGAUAGAUUGGGAGGGGGAAAUCUCUACUAGUUUUUGUCUUUUAAUCUCAGAAUGACUAGUAAGAUAAUAGUGGUUUCAUUUCAUUCGACUUUGAAUUAUUCUGUAAUACAGCUGCUUGUUUGCAAAGUCCUCAGAUCUCUUCCUCCCUGACGCCUUGUUUCACCGUUUAGACCUCAGUAUACAUGUAUUUACUGGGAGUUGAAUAUUAGGAAUUAAAUUCAUCAUCAUUUAUUAAACAUCUACUAUGUGCAAGGAAGUUGAGCCUGGACCCUCAGAAGGAAUGCAAGUUUCCCCAUUGCGCUGUAAGUGAACACCUCGAGUAUGAUUAGAUCAUUUCAAACCCAGGGAACGCCUGGGAUGUUGCAGAUUUGGGCCACAGUCUAACAGAGCAAAAUACCUGAUGCGGUCUUCCUGUCCCUCCCCCAGCUCCACCCCUCCAAAGUGUCGCGUUUUAGACACCCUCUCUUUUUCCUUAGGCUUGAAGGAAGCGCGGGACUCUCGUUUUGACUCUUGUAAACAGCUUGCCUUAAAAGAGGUUGGUCCCGUCCUGGGCACGCUGAAGCCCUUCCUGCGGAAAGCUGUCUUACACACCCUGACAACUGUCCCCAUCUCUUUUUUUCUCUCCCUUCGUCUGAAUGGGAGAGGCUCGUAGGCGGAAGAGUGGGAGGGGAGCGAGAAAAAAAAAAAGGCAGAACCGACAGCCUCAAGGCUUGUCCCCCUCAGAGUUCAGGACGAAGAUCGGGGUGAAGCGAAGAUGAAUGGGACAGUGUUGACCGCAGCAAGGCGCUGGCGCUCCCGCGACUACUUAGAGCCGCCCGCCCCGUUUCCAGGGGAGGAGCAGCUAAUCGCGCAAGCGUCCGGGAGAAGCCGAGAGGGGCGGGAGGAAAGGGUAGAGGAGGAAGCAGGAUUUAAACGAAGGGCGGUGACGCCACACAAAAGAUUUCUAUAGGCUCAAGUGAGGUUACGGCAAAGGCAACGAGGCGAACGGGGUAGGGAGGGGGGAAGGGAAGAGGAAAACCUCCCUUCAACCCAUGCAGCGUUUGGGUGGCAGUGGCAGCGGGGGCUACCCCACGACUUUGCACCCAGGAGGUGAAGACGCGCUGGGAAAGGAAACAUUUUUUUGUUUGUUUCCACCUCUGUCCCCCUUCCCCAGCCUGCCUCUCCCCUUCAUUUCUUUCUUUUCUCCCCUCGUUCGGAAGUUGGUUUACCAAAAUGGCAGGAGCUAGGGCCCAAGCUGAUUCCCGCAGCAGCCCGGAGACCCCUCCCUUGUGUGCGGGGACCUUCUAAGUUCUGAGAGGCUACUGCUGCCGGAGGGAACCCGCAUCCGGGGGGGAUGCGCUUGAGCCGGGGCCUCGGGAGAAAGCCGCCACAACCGCAGCAGCAGCCGUUGGAGAGGAUGGAAUCGGAGCGGGAGCAAGCUUGGGGAGGUUUGAUGCAUGGUCCGGGAAGGGGCGCCGCUUCCCAGUCCAGCCGCGGAAAGUGAAUCCAAGCCGGGUGGAAAAGGGCUGGCUGGGUGGGAGGCUGUGGAGAGGAGUGGAAGAAGAAAGACAACUCCCCGCCACCACUGCCCGAGUCCCGAGGGCGCCGGGCGAGGCGCGCCCGGGCGUGGUGUGUGCUAGCUAGCGGCCCGCGGGCGCCCGGCCCCAGCCAGCGCUAAAUCUGUGCACAGCUCCCUCCGGACUCGACUCUCGCAGCCUGGCUGACCGAGGCGAGCCACACCCUCCGCUGGGUGGCUGCUGCUGCUGCUGCUUCCUGAUAGCCGAAGACUGGAGAAAGAGUGGGAGAUAGAGAAAGAGAGAGGAUGCGGGACGGCUGCUCCCGCCGUUGCCUGUGCGUGCCUCCGCCUCUGCCGCUCCAAAGUGACUUCUCUUUCGGUUGCGUUUCCAGAGACACACGUGCGCCUAGGUGCCCGAGCUUGGCCCUCUAAGUGCUGAAAACAGAAGCGGAUUUGUGCAUCCGCCGUCCCGGGAGCUCCUCCCUAAGAAAAAGGAUUUUGAUUUCAAAGAAAGGAAGGAAGGACAACUCCCAGCCUCCCCCACCCCCGUCGGCUUGGCAGGGCCAUGCCCAGGAAGGAGGCGGCGGUGGCCCCACGGCGGAGACGGGACCAGUGCGGACUUUCCCGGAACCCGACGGGUGGGGAGUGCUAAUUUUGGUUUUUCUUGUCUUUUUUUCCGGCGUUUCAUGGUGCUUGCAGCCCCUAGGCAAAGAGGCAGAACACUGAAGUGCUUUCCUCCACCCUUAAGCCGGUCGUCCCUUUUCUCUCCUUUGCUCGCUUCCCGCCCUGUCCCUAUCUCGGCCGCCGCAGCCCCGGUGCCAUCUGCUCGCGGCGGUGGAUGGCAUGAUGGUGCGGAGAAGGCAACGCGGCCCUGCCCAGCUCAAUCGGGACGGCUCCGGGGGCGGCAGCGGCGGCGGUAGCGGGCUCCCCAGCGGCAUGCCAGUGCUCCCCCGGCGCUAUGGCUAGCGGGAGUUCGGGGAAGUCCACUAGCGAGGCGGCUUCUCCUCCUGCUCCUGCUAGCGGUGCUUGUCACUCGAGCGCCGUCGGGGGCGGCUCGCAGCCACGGAAGAAGCUCGUUUCGGUCUGCGACCACUGCAAGGUGAAGAUGCAGCUGGUGGCCGAUCUGCUGCUGCUGUCUAGUGAGGCGCGACCGGUAUUGUUGGAGGGCUCCACCGCCUCCUCCGGCCCCGGAGGCGAGUCUUUUGAAAAGUGCCGGGACACCAUCAUCGCCCGCACCAAAGGACUCUCCAUCCUGACUCACGACGUACAAAGUCAACUCAACAUGGGCCGUUUCAGCGAAGCCGGGGACAGUCUGGCGGAAUUGGGCGAGCUGGUCGUCUCGCUGACCGAGUGUUCGGCUCAUGCCGCUUACUUAGCCGCGGUGGCUACCCCAGGGGCACAGCCGGCGCAGCCGGGCUUGGUGGACCGGUACCGAGUGACCCGCUGCCGGCACGAAGUGGAGCAGGGGUGUGCGGUGUUGCGAGCCACCCCUCUGGCGGACAUGACGCCUCAGUUGCUGCUGGAGGUGUCCCAGAGCCUGUCGCGCAAUCUCAAAUUCCUAACGGACGCUUGCGCCCUGGCCAGCGAAAAGUCCCGGGACCGCUUCGCCCGAGAGCAAUUCAAACUGGGCGUCAAGUGUAUGAGCACCAGCGCGUCGGCGCUGCUGGCCUGCGUGCGGGAAGUGAAGGCGGCGCCCAGCGAGCUGGCCCGCAGCCGCUGCGCGCUCUUCAGCGGGCCCCUGGUGCAAGCAGUCAGUGCCCUGGUGGGCUUCGCCACCGAGCCCCAGUUCCUGGGUCGAGCCGCCUCCGUCAGUCCCGAGGGCAAGGCGGUGCAAACCGCUAUCCUCGGUGGGGCCAUGAGCGUCGUGUCGGCCUGCGUGCUUCUGACCCAAUGCCUCAGGGAUAUAGCCCAGCACCCCGACGGGGGCGCCAAGAUGACAGACCACAGGGAAAGGCUGAGGAAUUCAGCCUGCGCCGUCUCUGACGGCUGCAACCUGCUAUCUCAGGCACUAAGGGAGAGGUCUUCGCCCAGGACUUUACCGCCAGUGAAUUCCAAUUCUGUGAAUUAACCCGAUCCGACCCCCGCCCAUCUUCACCCCCUUCUCCAGUUUAUUCCCCUUCUUGCCCCUGGUUGUGACUACAAGGAAAUACUUCCCUCCCCACCCAUUUAUACCAAAGAAAUCGCUUAGAUGAGGUUCACCCUCCUCCCCCCACUCCCCCUUUCCCCUUUCCCUCUACCCCACUUGAAAUUCACGAGAGAAAUACCUUGGAAAGCUUCACCAUAAGUAGAAACAAAGUGAGGGAGAGUUUAACCUUGGAAAGUUUUAUACAAUUCCUGGGAGUGGGGAAUGGGAGAGCUUUAACCGUGCUGGGUGCGGUUUCUUUUCCUUUCUGCCAUCCCCCUAUCCCUAGUCCCAUCUCUACAACCAUUCUUUCAGAAAUUCCCAUCCACAUUUUACUGUUAAAUUGUGCAGGAAGAAGAUUAUAGAUUUUUUUUUGUCCUUUUUAUUGUUGUUUUAAAGGUUACCUCAGUUUCACACUUUAGACAUUGGAUGUAGCUACCUUUUUGUAUGUGUUUUUUUUUUUUUUUUUAAUUGAAUGUUGGAUUAGAAGUACACUUGGUGUGGAAAGAGUGAAGGUUAUGAGUUUUUUGCCAUGUGAUUUUCGAAUUGGGGGAAAGCUACUGUGAGUGUGUUUUCAAAAAUUUACACUAUAACAAAAGUGAUUUUUUUUUCCCAAUGUCAGUUUUUAUCUUGCAUGUACUGGAGUAUUUAUUUCAUCUAUUAAAAUGUUAUGUUUCUCAGA